UUUUCAAAUUAUUUUGAAGAUCUAUAGAUAGAUAUGAAGAAAAAUUUCAAUCAAAAGAUGGAAGAUUUCAAAUUGGAGCAGCAUUCCAGUCUUUAGGAAACUUUUUGUAUAUAUUUGUAUGUUCUUUGUUAAUAGGUUCAGUAACAGGUUGUUCCACUGCUAUUUUGACAAAAUUCACCCGUCUCUUUGAAUUUCCAUUAUUGGAAUCAUGUUUGUUUGUUUUGAUGUCUUAUUGUACAUUUCUUGUUGCUGAAGCUGCAGAUCUCACAGGCAUUGUUGCAGUUUUAUUCUGUGGAAUUUGCCAAGCACAUUAUACAUACAACAAUUUAUCAGUUGAAUCUCGAUCAAGAACAAAACAAUUAUUUGAAUUACUGAAUUUCUUAGCUGAAAAUUUCAUCUUCACAUAUAUUGGUGUAUCUAUAUUUACAUAUCAGAAACAUCAUUGGGAUGCAGCCUUUAUAGUUGUAGCAUUUUUGGCCAUUGCCAUUGGUAGAGCUCUGCAUGUAUAUCCACUAUCAUUUUUAUUAAAUUUGGGCAGACACAAUAAAAUUCCAUAUGCUUUUCAACAUGUACUUUUCUUUUCUGGGCUUCGUGGUGCUAUGGCAUUUGCUUUAGCUAUUCGAAACACCUUAUCAGAACAGCGACACUUGAUGCUAACCACAACAUCUCUUAUUGCCAUUGUUACUGUUAUAGUUUGUGGUGGAUGUACAACACAACUUUUGACAUGGCUUGGCAUUCCAGUUGGAGUUGAAGAAGAGCAUGAACUACUACAGUUUGGAGGAAUGAGAAUGGUUCCUCAAGUUACUACACCUACUGAAUUACGCAGUCCUCCUCCACCAAUGGAAAAUAAAACGCCUUAUGAAAAAGCCUGGCUAGUUAGAAAGUGGUAUAACUUUGAUGUGCGAUACAUGAAGCCCUUAUUAACUCACAGUAGACCAACAUUAAUGGAUACAUUGCCAUCAUGCUGCCUACCAUUGGCUCGUCUUUUGACUAGUACAAAACAAAUGUCGCAGGAAGUUAAUAGGAGGCAAGAUGAUGAUUCCGAUACUGAUAUAUGUAUAGAUGAAAGUGAACUAACAUACACUGAUCACAAUGGAACCAGAACACAUCAUCCACCCAGAGUGAAUGAUGAUAGCGUGGACAGCCAAAAUUUCAUAUGAAGAAUAUCUCAAUGGUAGAAUCUUCGUCACUUCUCCCUUAUAUAAUAAUUCUGCAAUUGAAGGUGAUCUCGGUCUCACGGAAAACAUAUCCACAGUUUCCACCACAAGAAUAUAUAUACCUGGACCUUGUGGCGAUGCUGUAUAGAAUCACUUUUCAUAACUUGGUCAAAAGUAUAUUUGAUAUUCAAAAUUAAAGAAUGAAUAUGCAGAAUUUCUGCAAGUGAAAUUCAGGAUAUCUUUUAUUAAUAUUUGUAUAUAAUGUUAAAACUUUUAUUUAAAAUUUUAGUUUUUGUUAAAAGAUUCUUUUUUAUUUGAGUGGAUAAAUUAACUAGUCAAGAGAUGAAAAUAUAGGCUGGAAAAUAAUAAUUUUAUGUUAAUUAGGUUUGAAUUUUAUUGAAAUAUAUUAUGGCAUUUAUUUUUGUGAUCUUAAAAUAACAUUCCAUUGGUACCAAAUGCUUUCAGAAUUAUACUUUUAAACUUUAUUUAAAAGUGAGCAAAUCUCAAUUUUUCUAUUAAUCCUUUUGUAAAUGCAAAUUUGAAUACAACAAAUUUUAUUGCCAAAAUAUAACUUUUUCACUAAACAAGAAAUCAAAAUAUGAAAAUUAGAAUAAAGUCAGUGCAGGUAGACUAAAUUACGUCAACUGAAAUUUAACGGCAUUUUCACAGACCAAAUAAUGAUUUGUAAUAUUCCUAAUGUAUUCAUUGAGAUACCAAAUUUAAUUGUCAAAAGCUAUAGAUAAGGAUUUAUUAUGUAUAGAAGUGCAUUUAUUUUAUAAAUCUUGACUUUAGGAUAGAUUUCAUGCACUAUAAAAAAUAUUACAAGUAUAAUUUUGAUAUUUAUGAAUAAUAAACACUUUCUAGCUGAUUUUCAUCUCUUAUUUGUAUCAGAGAACUAGUUUUUAUGAUUUUUCAUGCCUUUUAGAUAAAAUUUCCAUUUUUUAUUUUCACUUAAAAGGCAUGGGACUUUCAUUUUCAUUGUGAAUAGACAAUACUUAUAGGCUAAAUUAUAGGCAUUGUCUGUUUAAAUUUUUCUAAUAAUGGUAUCAUAUUGAUACUUUUGUUAAAAAAAUUAUUAAACUCAUUUAUCGAUAUUUUUUGCAACGUUUGUGAAGAGGUGCAAGUUUUGAAUUGCAAAAGUAAGGAGUCAAUGCAUCCGUCUUGUAUAUUGGCACUUGUACAGAAAUGAGUGAUAAAUUUAAAUCUUUAAUAUAUAAAUUUGAGAAUUUAAAGUACUUGUACAGUAUACGAUUGUUCAUUUGUUUCAAAGGUUUAAAAGAAUUAAAUUUUUUUUUCAUUAAUGUAAAUUAAAACUUGUAUAUUUUGAAAUAUAAGAAAAAUGUGGGAAAUCUAGUCAAAUAAUAACCUCCCAUAAGUUUAAAAUUUAUUUAGUAAAUGUUUUAUUUUUGUCCUAAUACUCUUCUAAUGUAAUCUUUAUAUCUGGAAAAUUUAUUUAUUUAAAGUAGCCUGAAUAUAUGCAUUAAGUUUAACAUGUGGAUUUUAAGAAUUUUAUAACUUCGUAUCUAGAUAUUACUAGUUGUAUAUUAUAGAGAGACAUUUUACAACAGGUUAUUUCAAUCUCGUGUCUUUGUUUAAUGUAAAAUUUCUUAUUUAAAUAUAUUUUUUUUAAAACAUUCCAGUUGCUACAAAUUAAGAUAACUUACUUUUUCAUAAUUUACACAUGGCAAAUAUGCUACUGGAUUUAAUUCAUUUCUGUUUUAGAGAUUAAUUUAGAGUUUAGACUAAUUUAAAGAUCAGUAUUAUUAAAAACAUGUAUGUUUCAGCAGCAUAAUAAAUAUAUUAGAGGUUUUUCUUGUGAUGUGUCAAAUCAAUAUUUUAUAUGUAUUGCAUAGAAAGAAAGUAUUAGUCAUCAGAAGAUUGAGUUAUCUGGCAAAAUUUAAUUUGAAAAUCCAAACAAUAAGUUAGUAUGAUUUAUACAGUUUGUUUAAAACCAGGAAAUUACUCUUUCUGUGCUGUAUAGUUUAUUACAGAUUAUCAAAUAUGUCAAAUAUUGUCAUUUAGCAAAUAUAUUUAAACCAAACAAAAAUUUGUAUGAUGCAUUAUGCUGCACUUUGUAUAUAAAAAGAUAUAUAGUAAGUUAUAUAUACUUAGUCACAUUGUCUUUCAUAUAUUUCGUCACUGUUCACUGUACCAAAUAACAGUUGCUGUUGUAUUAAAAGAAUUUUCAAUGUUUG